UUCAUGAUCACUCUGGUCACAUGGUCAGUGAGAGGCAGAGCUGAGAUUCAAGUCUGGGUAGAAUGACACUGGACUUUUAACCACCACAUCAUAUUGCCUUCCUUAUUAGAUCAUGGACAUUGUAUAUAAGGGAAUAAUGUGCAUAGCAGAGAAAUAGAGCAUCUGAAACCCACAUCUUUGAGUUUGCAAAUCCACAUACAACAUCUGACUCGGCCCAUGCUGCCAUGCACUGACUCACUGUCUCACUGCCCCACUACCUCCCACAGCAGUGCUUUCUAUUUUGGGACAGCAAGGAUUAAAAGAAAUGUCUUAAUGGAGUCUUAGUCCCUGUGACCCCUGGGAAGGGGCCCUACUCCUGUUCUCUAAAGUAACCUGGAGUAUGUGGACUUGUCUGAAUUCUCAUUCAAAGAAUGGUUCUUCAAGGACUCACGUAACCCCCACACCCCUGGUGUUCUUGUUUUCAUAUUAAAUUUCUCACCUUCCUUUAUGGUUCUCAGUCCUUUGCCCCUGAUUAUUUCAUCUUCUUUUGACAGAUAAGCUUCCUAAGAUUAAUCACAAGCGUUCAUCAAGCCUUCAAGCAAAUGGCAAACUGUCUUUAAAUGGGUUUCUGAGGCUAUAACCUGAGUCUCUGGUGGGAUUCACCAGAUAUAUAACUUUUGAGUCAGUUCCUGUGACCUCUGUCAAGGCAAAUCUCUUUUUCUUCAAUCAGUGUGAUUGACCUGUCUCAAGAGUAUAUUACUUGGGAAUAAUAUGACUUGUAUCUAUAUUUGUAUCUAAGGAUGUAUACAGUGUGAGAUUUAAAAUGAUUUUACUUUAAUUUCAUUACAUGAUUGCUUCAUGCUGAGAAACUUUCACUUCAUGAUUCCUCAUCCAGUAUAUUCCCUCUCCUUCCUAGCUUAGUGCCACCUGCACAAUUGGUAACCCUUUCCUCUUCUUCUUCUUCUUUUUUUUUUUUUUAAAGAUGUCUUGCUUUGUCACCAGGCUGGAGUUCAGUAGCAUGAUCUUGGCUCACUGCAACCUCCACCCCCCGGGUUCAAGUGAUCUUUGAUAUGCUAAGUCAGAUAUGCCUCCUGAGUAGCUGGGAUUACAGGUGUGUGCCACCAUGCCUGGCUAAUAUUUGUAUUUUUAAUAGAUACCGGGUUUCACCAUGUUGGCCAGGAUGGUCUCGAUCUCCUGACCUCAUGAUCUGCAUGCCUUGGCCUCCCAAAGUGCUGGGAUUACAGGUGCGGGUGAGCCACAACACCCGACCAGUGCUUUUUUCUUAAGUCUUACCCUUGUUUAUAAGUAUAUUAAUGAGUUUAGGACCAAAUCUAGAAUCUUGUGACAGUCAAUAGCUUCUAGGUUUAGUUAUAUACAAAUUAUGUAUGAGUGGGCUGGGCGUGGUGGCUCACGCCUGUAAUCUCAGUACUUUGGGAGGCCGAGGCGGACUGAUCACGAGGUCAGGAGAUCGAGACCAUCCUGGCCAACAUGGUGAAACCCCAUUUCUACUAAAAAUACAAAAAAAAUUAGCUGGAUGUGGUGGUGCACGCCUGCAGUCCCAGCUACUCGGGAGGCUGAGGCGGGAGAAUUGCUUGAACCCAGGAGGCAGAGACUGUAGUGAGCCGAAAUUGCACCAUUGCACUACAGCCUGGGCGACAGUGUGAGACUCUGUCACACACAAAAAAAUUAUGCAUGGGUGUAACUGCAAUAAUGUUAGCCCCCACCCUUUUCACCUUUAUCCACUGAUCAUGCAUGAUGAAAGACAUUUUCAGUGGCAGAAAUCAAGUGGGAGGUGGAAGGAAAGGUGGUGCAUAUAUUUCCUGCUUCUCUUGGCUUCCUCAGGUUUCAGCACCGACUCCCUCCCUCUGCACUUGUGACUAGACAUCUUGGUGGCUGGGGAGGAGGCCCUUGCAGGGCAGUCUGCUGUCUGUAUGCCCCCAGUAUGUCCAUGCAGGGCACAGACUGCACGUGGCUCAGGUAGAGUGUUGGCCAUGCCUGCUUUGCUGGAAUAUGCCUAGUUUUAUCUCUAGUUCUAGCUUGUUGGGAAAAUCCCACCAUCUCCCAGAAGGAAGGAGGUCAAGUACUGGAAAAGAAGAGAGAGAACAGAUCAUUUCACAAGGACCAAGGGUCAAUAUAGCAGUGGUCAGACAUUUUAGGUGAAAAUGCUUCCCCUCACAUUAAUAACUUAAGUAGUAACCCUGAAUUACCUGAAAGAAGGUGUGUUUAUAUGUGCAUGCACUGGUUUCUCAUGAACAAAAGCUUUUUAAAAUUUGGCUUUGCCAGCAAGUGUAAUACCACAUGAUGGGAAGGGGACAGAUGAGACAUCAUGCUUUUCCCAGACUCCCUAAUGAUACUAAUAAUACUUGUUAGCUCUUUGCAUGGUGUAAAAGUCGACUCAUUUGACCCUGACAGCCACCUAUGAGCUAGGUGGGACUGUGGUCUCUCUUUUAUGAUAGAGGAGCAAGCUGAGAGUGUCAAGUGAAUUAUCCAGGGAUAUGAAGCUGCUCCUUGCCUUCCUACUCUGAAACCUGCGUGCUUUCCCGAAUUCCUGCUGGCUGGCCAGGGCAGGUGGCACUUGGGGAAGGCAGAGGGGCUGGGGUGCAGCCAGCAGAGGCUCAGGUCCUCUGGUGAAGUGUUAGGUACGACAGCAGAGCUAGAUGGGUGUGACAUAUUGUUCCCUACCCAGCCCAGCAGUGGCUGCACCUUCCAAGCUUCUCCGUACCAUGUGGGAAGGCAGGAAAAGCAAGUGGAGAUUUAGGGUUGUGUGCUGAGGGGGUUUCAUCAGGAUACCCCCUGCCCAUGAAUAAAACAGGGCAGAAAGGAAAGGUAGGGUACUGGCAUGAAGCCUCCAGACUGCUCAAAGCCUGAAUACUUGAGAGGUCUCAGAUGGCCCUCUCAUCCUAAAGCAUUCCUCUGCGAAGUGCUCUUCCCCACUGGACUCCUGUGAGUCACUCUGAUGAGGCCUGUUUGCCCACCUGCCUAAGUACCACUGGCGCCAUGUCCCCACAUUGGUCUGUCCCAUCUAGCCCAUCUGUCCUGCCCUGUGCGGAGGCCACAUUUUUAACUCUAAAAUCGGUGUAUGGCCCAACCUCUAAAAGGUACAGGCCAGCAGGUGGCAGGGAGGAAGGCAGUGAGGCGCUGCCCUCUCGCACUCUGUUGCUCUGGAGCACCCCUUGUCCCUCUGUUCUCAGGAGGCAGCCCCUUGUCAUAUUCUCCAAGAAGCUGUUAAGAAAAGGAGGUGCCGAGUGUGGCAACAACACACUAUGGUCCACAGGUGUUUAAGGAGAACAGUGCGUGUGCAGUGUUGAUGGAGAGGGGAUCAGUCAUACCAUGACUGAUGUAUGAAACUUAGUCUCUCAAUCUGACUCCCAAGUUUGUGGCCCUGAAAUGUGGAAUAAAGACUGAGUUGGGUGGUUGAAACUGCUUGCUUGAGGAAUGUCAGCCUCAUAGAUUAAAACCCAAAUUUAUUUAAACCUUUAAAAACAAGCUAUUUAUAAUGUGUCAUUAUAAAUAAACAAGUUAAUUAAGGAAAAAAAAAGAGCUACUUUUAGUUUGCAGCACUUCUGAGCAUAAUGGACCCGCCUUACAGAUUCAAAGAGGCUGCUUUGGGCCUCCCUUCUCUUUGUCACCGUCCUUUGUCUGGCAUUCCCGAUUAAUUUUAUAUUAAUCUACUCUCGCCUUUUCUCCAGAUUGUUCUUUAGACAGAAGAGGUAGAGUUGUGAGAACUGAUCUCAUUCCUAACCUGAUUCCUAUCCCGCAUUCUGACCCUAAUCUGUGACUGCCAUCACCAACCAAACCCCAGCGAUGGACUCCCAUUACCUUUCUCUGGUUGUGCCUAGUCUCCUGACAUGGGCAUUAGAAAGGCACACAAUAUUGCAAACCUUUUGGUUUUAUCUAGGGUAGUAAUACUUUAGUAAUGGUAACAGUAGCGUCAACAACUGAUCUCAUAUGUAAUGCAAUCCUAGAAGGUAGUUAUCACUUUUCGUAUCCAUCUUUAUCUUCCCCAUCCGCAUAACUAUGAUGGAGACACUGAGGCUCAGAGAGGACAGGUUGCUUGCUCAAGACCAUAUUGCUCCUAAGUACCAGAGUCCAUGUUUGAACCUAGUCCUGCCUGAAGUAGGAGAAUUAUCUCAGCAUGACUUUGAAAUUCUUUCAAAGAAAGCUGCCCAAUAUUUUUUGCCUGUGAACUUUGACUGCAGUGAGAUUUCUGGUUAGUAUUCUGAAGCAGUUAAAUAAAUUAUAUUAAACGUUUCUGGUUUUACUUUGAUGAUGACUUAAGAAAAUGAAUAGAAACAUAUUUAGCAUCGUUGGGAUAGCCACCUUGUAACUGAACAGAUAUAAAAAUUUGCAUCUUAUUUUAUAUUCAUGAAUAUUCAGAAGCCAUUAUUAACAACAAUAACUAAAGCCCAACACCAUUAAUAGUCCAUAUAUUAUUUAAAUUUGACUAACGGUAUUCUUGUUUUUCUAGAAAUGAGAUGACCAGCUCUUUCAGAAUAUACAGCAACUGCCUCCACAUAAAGCAGUGCCAGGUUUAGGAGAUUUACGGUAAACCCAUGUUUCCAAGGAGGUCUGUACAGAAAGCCAGACUUCUACUGGCAGUUUCUGGGAGAGAUAGGCUUUCCAUGGCGGCCGUUUACUUUUGAUCUGGGAGACAUUCAUAAUAGAAAAGGCACAAGUGGGGUAUUUACUUGUUUCCCUCCGUUCCUCUAUUGUUUGGUGGCGUUGCCCUUGCAAGUAGGCAGGGCUAAAAUGAACUGGUUAUCCCAGGAUCAUGGAAAACCUGGAAUCAAGGCUCAAGAAUGCCCCCGAUUUUCGUUGUGAGAAGGGAAACGAUUUCUACUCUAUAUGCCAGAAGUGUGAGACGUGUGUCUUGGCCUGGAAGAUCUUCUCUACCAAAGAGUGGUUCUGCAGGAUCAAUGACGUGUCUCAGAGGAGGUUUCUAGUUAGCAUUCUGAAGCAGUUAAAUAGCUUAUAUUUGUUACACUAUUUCCAAAAUAUCCUUCAGACCACACAGGGAAAGGAUUUCAUCUAUAACAGGUCCCUGGUCGAUCUCAGCAAGAAGGAGGGGAAAGUUGCUAAGUCCUCCUUGAACCAAAUGUCAGAUAAAACAGUAGAACAGAAGAUGAAGGAGCUCUUGUACUGGUUUGUGAACAGCACCCACUGGACCAAGGCGAAUUAUACUCUCUUACUGCUGCAGAUGUGCAACCCCAAAUUACUGCUCACUGCUGCCCACGUGAUCAGAGUCCUGUUUCUGAGAGAACAGAACAAUAUCUCAGGGCUCAAUCAGGACAUCACAGAUGUGUGUUUUUCCCCGGAAAAAGACCACAGCUCCAAGUCUGCGACCUCACAAGUCUAUUGGAGAACCAAAACUCAGCACACGUCCUUUCCUUUGUCCAAAGCCCUAGAAAAUGAACACUUGCUUGGGGCAGCAUCUAACCCGGAGGGACUGUGGAGGCAUUCACUCCAGUGUAUUUCCGAGAUGAAUAGGCUGUUUUCUGAAAAAGGAGACUUAACCAAGCCAGGGUUCGAUCCCUGCAAUCUGUUGGUUGACCUGGAUGACAACAGAGACCUGUCUUCUGGGUUCAGCAAAUACCGAGACUUUAUCCGUUACCUGCCCAUCCACCUCUCCAAGUACAUUCUAAGAAUGCUGGAUAGACACACCCUGAACAAAUGUGCCUCUGUGAGCCAGCACUGGGCCGCACUGGCUCAACAGGUUAAGGUGGAAUUGUCGGCGCACGGCUUCAUUCAGAACCAGAUUGCCUUCUUGCAGGGGUCCUACACAAGAGAAAUUGAUCCUAAUUACGCCAGUAAAGUUUCUAUCCCAGUUCCUAAAAUGGUAGAUGACGGGAAGCACGUGCAUGUGAAACAUCAGAAAUGGAAGCUGAGAACGAAGACUGACUACAACCUGUGGACUGCAUACCAGAACCAGGAAACACAGCAGGUCCUGAUGGAGGAGAGAAAUGUUUUCUGUGGGACCUACAAUGUCCGCAUUCUCUCUGACAGGUGGGAUCAAAACAGAGUCAUCCACUACUCCGGGGGAGAUCUGAUAGCUGUGUCAUCUAAUCGAAAGAUCCAUCUUCUGGAUAUCAUACAAGUAAAAGCGAUACCCAUUGAGUUCCGAGGCCAUGCUGGGAGUGUCCGCGCCCUCUUCCUGUGUGAGGAGGAAAACUUUCUCCUAAGCGGGAGCUAUGACCUAAGUAUCAGAUACUGGGAUCUGAGAAGUGGGGCUUGCACACGAAUCUUCAGUGGUCACCAGGGGACUAUCACUUGCAUGGAUUUAUGUAAGAACAGGCUUGUAUCUGGAGCAAGAGAUUGCCAGGUAAAAGUGUGGGAUGUAGACACAGGGAAGUGCCUGAAGACGUUUAGACACAAAGACCCCAUCUUGGCCACCAGGAUCAACGACACCUACAUUGUGAGCGCGUGUGAGCGAGGGGUGGUAAAAGUGUGGCACAUUGCUAUGGGCCAGUUGGUAAAGACUCUCAGUGGCCAUGAGGGAGCUGUGAAGUGUCUGUUCUUUGACCAGUGGCAUCUCCUCUCGGGAAGUGCUGAUGGCCUGGUCAUGGCCUGGAGCAUGGCGGGGAAGUAUGAGCGCUGCCUGAUGGCCUUCAAGCAUCCCAGGGAGGUGCUCCACGUGUUCCUUCUCUUCCUCCGGGUCAUCAGCGCCUGUGCAGAUGGCAAGAUCCGAAUUUACAAUUUCCUCAAUGGGAACUGUAUGAAGGUGAUAAAAGCCAAUGGCAGAGGCGAUCCUGUGCUGUCCUUCUUUAUUCGGGGCAACAGGAUGGUGGUCAACACAGAGAGCAAUGUUCUCAUGUUCCAGUUUGAGCACAUAAAGUGGCAGUAUGCCAUGGAAAAAAUGAAACAAGAGAAGAAUAAGGAGAAAGAGGAGGAAAAAGAAGAAAAUAUCCUCAUGGAAAUUCUCUUCAAGUCUAAUACUCAGGUUCACAGCCCGAGAGAGUCUGUAUCCAGUAAACAAACUGUGAUCCAGGAGUUCCUACCAAAGAAACCCCCCAAGUCCCGAGUACUCCUGAAGCCAGCCAAGUUAUCUUCAGCGGAUGAUGCAGAAAAAGGACAAAAACAAGAACAAUUGGAAACUCCAGAGGAAUUGAUCAAUCACCCAAAGAGAAAGUCUUGGAAAAUCCCUAUGUCACCUGAUCGAUUCCUCCUGACUGUCAGCACCCUGCAGCAAGCCCAUAAUUCUGGGGAAUUUGCCUAUCCCUGUAGGCCCAAAACAGAAAUCACCGACGCCUGGGAAGCUUCAAUUACAUACCCAAGGAAGGUCUUGAAUUUCAAAGGAAAAUCAAUCCAAUAUGCAGUUGAUCGGUUGAGAUUCAGCAAUCCUCCCAUAGACGUGAAACAAACCAGUAUUCCCCUUGAAAUCCGGAAACUGCAGCCCAACUUGAAGAACUCUUUGCACAGUCCCAGAGUCCAGUCCACCAUACCCCAGCCCAUGAUUAUCUGCUCCAGGUUCUCUGGCAGCUUAAAGGGUGGAGACCAAGUGACCAGUUCAAUUGAAAGGGCAGUGGGCAGUACGGGUCCCCUGACCAGUAUGCAGGUCAUUAAACCAAACCGCAUGCUAGCUCCACAAAUGGGCACAGCCACCCUGUCUCUUAAGAAAGAACGGCCUUGCAUGUACACAGCCCUUGAUCCCCUUAGAGUGAACACUGAGUUCAUGCUGUUGACUGUGAAGGAGGAGAAAGAGUACCAGGAAGCCAAGAUGAAGGAAUAUCAGGCCAGGGAGUCCACUGGAGUGGUUGAUCCAGAAAAAGCUCGCAAAGCUGCGUGGAUCAGAAAAAUCAAAGGCCUGCCUAUUGAUAAUUUCAUGAAACGGGGGAAAACAGCGGCGCCUGAACUUGGACAAAAUGUGUUUAUCUAAACCAGCCUUGGGAAAUUACAAUGUCUUACAAUAAACAGAGAGCCAAGUGGA